AUGGAUUCCUACAGCUUCCACUUUGAGAGAAUGAGCAACGUGGACCUGCAUCCUCUGAGCCUGCCCGUCAAUCGGCUCUCCCCGGCUAGGUCCAACAGCAGCAUUGUCGAACAAUUUGCCCACCACCAGCACGGCAAAGGAGACUCUGCCUACAGCUCCUUCUCUGGAGGGUCCAACGCUCCGGACUACCCGCCUUCACUUCACUUCCCAGACGACCUGCAGUCUAGUUCUUUCAGCCACUAUGCUGACCUUAAGUAUAUAAAGUCCAUGUAUCAUCCUACCCAGGGUUUGCAGGCUAACGCAAAGACCAUGGACCAGUUAUAUCGUUCUAUGGAGGUGAUCUCGCAGAACUAUCGCAAUAGUACUUACAAGCAGAAUGGAAAUGCUAGUUUUUAUAACAAUGACAAAACAAUGUCAAAGAUGCCUCAUAGGGGUCCAUCCCAAGGGGAUUACACUCCCAUUGGUCCACACCCAAUCCCAUCACGACCAACUAAUUUUACAGCUGCUAAAAACGUAGAAAACGGCAAGGGUCAGCACAAUUCUGACACUCAACAGCUCAGAUCCCAAACUAAUCAUCAUCUAGGGAAUGUCCCCCAAACCGGGAUGGCUAAGCCAGAGACAGUCAACUCUGUCAUCAGUCCCAAAAUGUACUCGGAUCACAGAGCGGUGCCAGCAGUGGAGGUUCAGCAACUCCCAAGCACUCACUCUCACUGUCCCUCUUAUGAACAAAACACGGUCCCCGUGAACCACCCCAAUCUUUUCAUCCAGGACAACAAAGCUCCCUCUCAGCAGCAGAAGUCCAUGAACUUCCCGAAACGAUCACCUCCCAAAGGUACAAGCCAAUCUGAACACUCUAAGUUAUCAAGCGGGGGCAGAAGUACCAGUCAGGAUCACAGUCAUACCGAUGGUGUCAGAAGCGAGUUCGACGAUCUGCGCAAUGGGUUGCAUUCCGCUUACGAUAGGAGCAUUUCAGAGCCAGUCCGUGUUUCCAGUCCUUGGACCGCUGAUCAGACAGGCUUUAUCAACAGCAGCAUCACGCAUAAGGGUCAGUUCUACUUCGUCACAGGAAUGUAUAAGCAAUCCGAAGCCAGAAUGAGAAAACAUUCUGCAUCUGUGAGUGGGUCUGAAGCCGCAAGUGAAUGCUCUACUUUGUCGGAGAGACCAAGAGAGAGAGAAAGAUGUCACAGCACAAUGGAAAAUUUAUUUAUACCCAUAAAACAAGUCCUGGAUGAAAGAGGCAAGGACACCAUCCCAAGAAGUUCAGAUCAAGAGAAUCACAAACCCGCUUCCCUUUCGACACGGUCCUCUCAGAGUUUGGAUUCCUUUGAAGAAAUUGACACCGAGAGUCGAGAGAUUGGGCGCCAUACCACAACCAAUCCGAUAUUUUACUGCGGGCCUGAGAAAAACUCCCCACAUUCGACUUUACAAACAAAGGAUGUAACUUCACUGAACUUCAGUGAGCCAUCUAAGCAGCUGAAGGGAAAAGAGCAAUUAAAGAAGGGUAUAAGACAGCCACUGACAGAUGUAGCCAGUGAUAGGAUAAACAAAGAAACCACCCCUCUUCUCUACCAUCUCACUGAAGCUAACAGAACAACAUUUAAGUCAAAAAUGGAUGCUGAAUUUGUUGUGACUGAUAAAGAAACAACACGAAACGCAACUUGUGUUACUGAUGUGUCUGUAAAGAACGGAAAACCUCCGCAAGGUGACACGACCAAGAACGACACAGGGGUAGUCGAUACUCUUUCUUGUAACACCCUGGAUGACUCCUAUAAAAAGUACUACAAGGAGAAGUUAAAGGACGCCCAAUCUAAAGUCCUGAAGGAGACAUCAUUUAAAAGAAGGGAUCUGCAACUGGCAUCAAGCCAUCGCCCCAGGCCAAAACCUGAACUGAGAUCACCGGUGAUUCACUCGUUCUCCCCAUCACAAGAUUCUGAAACAUCCACAGAUACUAUUACCCCGUCCGUUGUCUCUGAGGAUACAGAGAGAGGGAGCAUAGUGGAAGAGGUGAGGCAGAGUCCUAAGCAGAUGAACACAAUGACGGAAAGAGAAAAUAGGGGCUCCGCAAAUGUGGCCCAGCCUCAGGUGGCGUCUCGAAUCGGGGGCCGAAAGCGAUUGACUCCGGAGCAGAAAAAGAUGUGCUACUCUGAACCUGAGAAGCUCAACCAGCUCGGUGGUGGCCCCAGCCACUCGGCUUGUCGCUCCUUUGGCAAUGAAAGCGACAGCCUGUACGAAAUGGACGGCGACUGGCAGGAUCAUUUGCAACCAAGAGAGCAGGGACUCGUAGCAGCGCGUAGAAAGUUGUUUGAGACGCGGGGUCGUGCCCAAUCAGCCCCUAGCGCUUCAAGAACAAACUUGAAGCACCUGCAACACCAGGCGCUGGUGGAAUACAUGGAACGCAAAACGGGUCAGAAAGUUGCGGAACCGCAGCAACCAGGUCCUCAGGUACUAGUACCUCCCAGACAGAGACACUCUCUGGGAGAAAGACCAUUUGACUGGGUUCCUAGGCCUUUAUCUGCAAGUACCGAGGGCAAUCCUCUAAAAAAGAAACUAAAUAGACCCCAGUCUGCAGGACGCAUCCUUGAUUCCUCCACCAGCUCUGUCAGGUACGCCCAGUUCUUCUCAGCACAACCUUCUCCAGGUCCACCUGCAGGUCAGUCAAACCAAACUAGAUGGAAGGAAAGACAAUAUCGAUCGCAUGGCAUGUAUGCAUCUAUGGAGAGUCUCUUGGACCAACCUGAAGCACCAAUUUUCAGGAACAGAUCCACAUCCACACCACAUCCAUUCCAGGCACUUGGAGUCAAUAAAAAUGUACCAGUUAAUUCCACCGAAACCUGCAGCGUCCAGAAGAGUAUGAGCUCUACGCCAGACGCCCAUCGUCAAAUCCGUGUGGUCGCACAAAGGGGGAAGUCCAUGGAAGAACUUGGGGCAUCCAAGUUAACAAGGCUGUCCACUCUCAGUAAAAGUUCUGAGCAGCUGGAUCAGGCGUGCCGAGAAGUGGGUAACAGUUCACUCUUUGCUGAAGUCAAAGAAGCUCAGGGGAUGGAAAGAGGGUGGAAGAAGUAUGCGUUAAAUCUCGCGAAGAAAGAAACAGACAUUUCUGACCUGAAGGGACCAGCACAAUUCGAUACAGAGAAAAAGUCCAAUCUGAAUCCAGCCUCUGAUCCAGCGCCGGUAGAUGGGGAGGAAAUUGGACUUAAGCCAACGACAGGAAGAAGAAACUUGAGCGGAUCCCACUCCCCGACUUCUUGCUGGUCCUCUAGGGGCAAAAGGAAAUCUUCUGGAUCUCGCAGUCCUCCCACAGAUAAGUUCCUGUCUAGCAAACCUCCCUUGGAGGUAUCUCAUUGCCUUGGAGGCCAAGAGACCAUUGAAAGGGAGGUCAGGUCUACCAUGUUUUCCACUACGCAGAUGAAACAACCAUGUGAAAACAAAAUGGACUCCAGGGGUGUCCACAGUUCUCCCGACCAGUCAGUGGUCGAAGCAAGCAAAGACGUCCAACCCCCUGCCCAUGAAGUGUCCCUAAGCUGUGGCGUGACCACAGAUCCGUCCUUGUGGAUCUUUCCUUCAGAGGAGGAUCAGCCCAAAGAGGACGUGAAGAUGCCAAAAUCUGAUUUUAAUGAGUCUUCCAUCUCCUGUCAGAAAACUGAAGCCUCCGUGUCUACCGGCACAUCCAUUUCUGAUGAGCAGGCUGCAGAGGAGAAAAAACCCAAACGGGUGGACAGUGAUUCCAGAGAUAAUCAGGAGAUCGAGGACAGUGGUAUAACAGAGGUAGAAACUUCAAGUUCGGAGAAUCCUGCCAAGAGGCCGUCAUGGGAGGAGCUGGUUGAGGCCGUGGUCAAGGUAGACCAGUCACUUACCCCCGCGCUCUAUCCGCUAACCAAUCGUAAGACGGCGCUUAUGUUGAUGGAACAACUGCUAUCUGAGGACACGCUGCUGAUGGAGGAGCACUACAAGAAGAAACAGGAGCAGAAAGAAGCUGCAGAAAGUUGUGAAACCAAGUCACCACCGUCACAGGACGGCUUGAAAGCUGCAAGCAGCACACACGAUCCCGCUAGCAAGAAGAGUAUGCUGGUGUGCUACAUCGAGGAGCAUCUGGGCUCGCUGGAGGAGACGCGGGACGCCCUUCAAGUGGAGAUCCAGGACAACGUGGCCCACGGCAAGGCUCUGGAGGCUCUGGUCCGCGAGCGUUGUCUGCCCCUGGAGCUGGAGAGGUACAACCUGUUCAUCGGGGACCUGGAGAGGGUGGUCAACCUGCUUCUGUGCCUCUCCGCCCGGCUGGCCAGGGUGCAGAACGCCCUGAGCACUGUGGAUGAGGAAACGGAUGCUGAGGAGAAGCAAUCUCUGGACAGCCGUCACCGUUUGCUCUGCAAGCAACGAGAGGACGCCAAAGACCUUAAGGACAACCUGGACCGCCGGGAGAGCCUGGUGUCCACCUUCCUGUCACGACAGCUGAGCGCCGAGCAGGUGCGCGACUAUCGGCGUUUCGUGCAGACCAAGGCCUCGCUGCUUAUUCGCCGCAAGGACCUGGAGGAGAAGACCAGGCUCUGCGAGGAGCAGCUGGAGGCCCUCGCCAAAAGCCUCCGCUUCUGA